AUGGACCCGUAUUCUAACCCUAAUCAGGCUUAUACAAAAGGAGGUGCUGGUAAAGGACCGCCGGGGUCUGGUGAGAUGGGGCACGGUGGGUCUCGGUCGAGCUAUCAGCCGUCGCCGCGGCAGCCGCCGCUUCCUUCCCCCAUGGGGCAAGGCGGGGGAGGUGACAGCUGGGGGAGCUACCAGCAGCAGCAGUACCAGCAGUACCAGCAGCAGCAACAGCUGCUGCAGCAGCAGCAGCAACAGCUGCAGCAGCAGCAGCAGCCGCCGUAUAAGCAGGCGGCGAUUGUGUCUCCCUCGUCUUCGUCCGACCAUUCAGGGUUUCAGCUUCCGCCCAUGCCGGCACCCAGUCAAAACAAGCUUCAGCAGCAACAGCAGCAGCAGCAACAACAGUACUACCAGCAGCAGCUGGAGCAGGCGCAUGCGGCGCAGCAGCAGCAGCAGCAAGCGGCGCAGCAGGCGGUGGGUCAGAGGUCGAGGCAGGCAAUGGACGCGCACACGGCCGCAGCAGCGCAGCGCGCCAUUGCCGCGCGGAAAGCCCGCCAGAGCGAGUUCGGGCCGCCAACCGCGCCUGCUGCGCACACCCGCUGCGGCUCCCCCCCGCCCCUGGACCCCGCGGGGACCUCAUGCGGGAGUGAUAUCGGCGUUAGUGUGGGGCGGGGGACGGCUGGCGGAGCGGGCGGAAUGGGCGGAGGGGGGAGAGGGGCAAGCGUUGGGAUGGGCGUGCAAGAGGCGGAGUGUGGGCGAGUGUUUCCCACGAGCUCGUCCAGUGAAGACGACCGGACCCAACAGGAGAUGGGAGAAGGCAGCAUGACUGCAGACGGAGGAGGGUGGGGCGAAGGAGGAGGAGGCGUGGGCGUGGGAGGGGGAGGGGGAGGGGGAGGGGGAAGGGGGGCGGAAGGAGGGGCAGGGACACUGUCAGUCAUAACGGGCCGUCCGCCUUCCCCGCUAAGCACAAGGCGGCCCCCUUUGGGCUCCCCUGUUGCGACGGCAGCAGCAGCAGCAGCAGCAGCAGCAGCAGCAACAGCAGCAGCAGCAGCAGCAGCAGCAGCAGCAGCAGCAGCAGCAGCAGCAGCAGCAGCAGCAGCAGCAGCAGCAGCAGCAGCAGCAGCAGCAGCAGCAGCAGCAGCAGCAGCAGCAGCAGCAGCAGCAGCAGCAGCAGCAGCAGCAGCAGCAGCAGCAGCAGCAGCAGCAGCAGCAGCAGCAGCAGCAGCAGCAGCAGCAGCAGCAGCAGCAGCAGCAGCAGCAGUUACAAUACCAGCAACAGUCAGCGGACAGGCUAGUAGUAGCUUUGGGCAGUUUGGGUUCGGUGGUGCUCCAGGCAGUGAGAGCGGAGGAGGCGGAGUAGGCAGUGGAGGAGGAGGAGGAGGAGGAGGAGGCGGAGUAGGGGUAGGGGGAGGAGGGGGAGGGGUAGGGGGAGGAGCAGCAGCAGCAGGGGCUGGGGUGUUUCGACGCAUGGGGUCGGCAAGAAUGGCAGGUGGUGGUGGUGCUUCUGCUUCUGUGGGCGGGGCCGUGGCUGGGACGCUGCUAGCAGGAGUGGGAAGCUCCUCCUUCCGCCGCAGACCCGCAGGAGAAGCUUCAGGUGCUGCUGCUGCUGGCGAUGCAGAGGAGGCGAGGCCGCCAAUGAGAAGGAGUUGGACAGGGGGGGAGCAGUACCGGCGGAAGAUCUGGGUGAACGGGCAGGCCGUUCCGGACCAGCGGGUGGUGCAGGCCGAGCAGAGGAUCGGACCCAUCGACCCGGGGAAAUACUGGUACGACAUCCGAGCUGGCUUCUGGGGAGUCAUGGGCGGGCCAUCUCUUGGUGUACUGCCGGCGUUCAUGCACGAGUUUGGAAACCACCCAUUGGAAAAGGACUGCUCUGGAGCGGGCGGCAAGACUCGGGUGUAUGUGAACGGGCGGGAGGUGCCGAAGAAGGAGUUGACUGCGUUGACCAAGAAGGGCCUGCUGCACCUGCCAGGGGCGAAUUACACUCUGGAGGCGGAUGGCACGGUGGUCGAUAAUGUGUCGGGCAAGGCCAUGCGCUCCAUUGGGAACCUGUGA